AUGAGUUCACGCAAUGUACAUCUUUCAUCUGAAGUGAGGGAAAAGGCACUAUCUAUAAACAAAUCCUUAUCAAAAGCCAAGUCAGCCGCAGAAGACGGUCAGAUACAAUAUGAGAAAUUGAGGAACUUAGUCAUCCAAUGCAAUACUGACGCCGGGGGAAGAAUCAACUAUGCUGAGAGUCUACAGAAAGUGGAGUUGAUCAAAAGUCCUGUUGUGUUCUGUGUUGCUGCAUUGUUUGGGAAGGUCAGACUUAUAGACAAUAUGGAAAUCAACUUAUAA